AUGGCCGAAUUGGAUCGCAUCAAAACCAACGAGAAGCUAAGAAAGGAAAAAGAGAAAAUGCGCUCCAGUUUACGCGCACGUGGUAUUGACCCUGGAGAGGACGAUGGUUCCGAUUACAUCGCGGGCGGUGUCAAGCCGUUCCAAUUUGACGGCGCGUUGAGGAAAACUG